AUGGCGGUCGCACGUCCGAUUCGCAUGCUGGGUGCAGCAUGUAUUCUACUUACUCUAUUCAUGAUCUUCAAUUUGCGCCAAUCUUCCGACCAACCCUCCACCAAAUUGACUAAUGGGAUGACCCGGGAUCCCCUUCUAGACCCUACGGGAGAACCGGAAGGAGAAUUAUGGCGAGCUGAUGAGCAUGACUAUUCCCCUGAUAGCGAGAACUCCGCACGCACCAAUGCCGCCCUGAUCUCGCUCGUUCGCAAUGAGGAAAUUAACGACUUGCUCCAUACCAUGCGCGACCUUGAACGUACCUGGAACAACAAGUUCAACUACCCUUAUAUCUUCUUCAACGACGUUCCCUUCACCGAGGACUUCAAACAAAAGACUCAGGCUAUCACCAAGGCCAAGUGUCAAUAUGAAUUGGUUCCCAAGGAGCACUGGGAUGUCCCAAGCUGGAUCAGCAUGGAUCUUUUCCGCGAAUCCGCCCAGAUGCUGGAGGAUGAAAACAUUCAGUACGCCUCGAAGAUCUCUUACCACCAGAUGUGCCGCUGGAACAGCGGCUUGUUCUACAAGCACCCCGCCCUCGAGGGAUACCGUUACUACUGGCGCAUCGAGCCCAAGGUCAAGUUCUUCUGUGACGUUGAUUACGAUGUGUUCCGAUACAUGGAGGAUCGUAACAAGACCUACGGUUUCACUAUCAACCUCUACGAUGCUCCCCAGACCAUCCGCGAGCUCUGGCCCACCACCAAGAAGUUCCUUGCCGCCAACCCAUCCUAUCUGAACGAGAACAACAUGUUGGACUGGAUCACUGAGGACAAGAUUCGCCCCGAACACACCGAGGGCGCCAAUGGCUAUUCCACCUGCCACUUCUGGUCCAACUUCGAGAUUGGUGACAUGGAUUUCUUCCGCGGCGAACAGUACGAGGCGUACUUCGAACAUCUUGACCGCGCCGGCGGCUUCUUCUAUGAGCGUUGGGGCGAUGCGCCCGUCCACUCCCUCGGCAUUGGUCUGUUCGCAGACUCCAACAAUGUGCACUGGUUCCGCGAUAUCGGUUAUAAUCACAUUCCCUACUACAACUGUCCGAACUCACCUAAGUGUUCCGGCUGUGAUGCCGGCCAGUUCUUCGCCGGUGCCGACUGGCUCCAGAAGGAAGAUUGUCGUCCAUCGUACUUCAAGUAUGUUGGAACUCACUAA